AUGUCCUCAUCUGCGUCACCCUUAACACUGAUUUUAGAACCUACAAAUGACACUUUUGUCACGAAGAGAAUAAAGCUUAACAAUACACCGGUCAAAAUAGGGCGUACGACUAAUAGGCAUUCCGCUCCAUUAGAAUCUAAUGGCUAUUUUGAUAGUAAGGUGUUAUCAAGAACUCAUGCUGAAAUUUGGUGCAAUAAUGGCAAUGUUUUUAUUAGAGAUUUAAAAUCUAGCAAUGGUACAUUUGUCAAUGGAAGAUGCAUAGGUGCUGAAAACAAUGAAGGCGAUCCAGUUGAACUAAGGCAUAAUGACAAGCUGUCUAGUUAUAAACGUCGAUCUGGACGAUUUUCCGUUUUCGAUGAUCCUGAAGGUUCCAUAUAUGCGUCUUUAGAGUCCGAAUUACAUUGUGCGCGUGACGAAAAUCGCCGUUUGGCCGAAACAAGCAAUAUUUUAAACGACAUGAAUAAUAAAAUUGAAAAUAAAAACAACAAAAUGUUAUUUGAAGAUAAAUCCUUCCUUAUUCGCAAAAUUGAAGAUACACAAGCAAAAUUUCAGGCUCACUUGGAAAAGUGCGAACCUGAGAAGGCCGCUCUUGCUGCUGAUUUUACGAGGCAACUCGAACAUGCUGCUUUCAUACAAAAUGAGUAUGACGAAAAACUUCAAUUAUAUGAAAAGAAAGUUCGUCAGCUUGAAGAUAAUCUAAAAACUAUAAAGUCUCAAGAUUCUAUUUCUGAUAAAGUAGAAGAAUUAAAACAACGAGACCAAGAAUUGACUCAAUUGCUUGAGGAUACUAAAGAUCAAUUACGAAGUGAACAAAUUUUUCAUUCCGAACAAGAAGAAAAAUUGCAAAGCCAAAUAGUUGAAAUGGUCUCUCAACUAAAUUCUUCUCGUAGUGAGAUCGAAGAAUUACAGCAUUUACAUGGGUCGGAAGUUGUUGAUUUAAAAAAUAAAAUAAAUGAAACCAUGACUCAAUUAUAUGAUGCCCGUGGUGAGCUUGAGAACCUUCAAGUCUUGUACUCUUCUGAUGUGGAUAAAUUCAACAAUCAGAUACAUGAGCUUGUAACUCAAUUAGAUGACACAAAGAAUGAACUUGAAAAUACUCAAAACAAAUACAAAGUUGAGAUUGAAGAUCUUCAAAUUAAUCACAAAAAUCCUGGUUGUGAUCAAUCUAAUGCAUUCAUUGAACUUGAUGCAAAGCAUAAAAGUGUUGUCUCUGAACUUUGUGAAUUAAAGUUAAAAUAUAAACAGGUCAUUGAAGAACAUGAAACUUUAGUGCUUAAGCUCAAUGAAGAACAUUCGGCUAUCAUUGCUUCAAGAGAUGAUCAUAUCAUUAAGCUUAAGGAUGAAAAUACGAAUUUAUUAAAUCAACUCUCAAACUUUAAAGAAGAAUCUCGUAAUACCUUGGAUGUUGUUAAAAAACAGCUUGUAGAUGCUCAGGAUGAGAUUACUCAUGUUGUAAACGAAAAUAAGAUUUUAACUCUAACCAAUUCUGAUUAUCUUAAAAACAUUGCUACUCUUAAAUCUUGUUUGAAAGAUACAAAGGGUGAUGAUGCUGAGCUUAUUCGAGUAGAAAAUGUGAAUUUAAAGUUAGAAAAUGCAAAAAUAAAAGCAGAAUUAUGUCGUUUGCAGAAAGAGAAUAAAUCAGAAAUCGAUAAAUUAGUCGCUGAAGAAGUAUCUAAACGUCUUGGUGCUGAAUCAUCCAAGAGUGCUAUAUAUCGUCGUCAUCACAAGCAGGAAUCUACAAUCAAAGAUUCAGAAUGGACCGAUUUCGAAAAUAUUGGUGAAAGGUCAUGCAGUAUAACUGGAACACAAAAUAGAAAAAAGGAUAAUUCUAGACCGCUAUUUAUCACGGGAACAAUCGGUCUUAUUGCGAUUAGUUUGGGU